AGGGGGCGACAAACUGUCAACAAAAGGCCAUCCAUAACAUCCGUCCGUCUUUCGAUGGUACGCCGUGGGAAGUGGUCCCAUGCAUGAGAUUGUAUGAAAAGUACAGAAACAACAUUAAUAAUGAGGAAAAUAUUUAAUUGUGCAAUGGUAAAUGCAAGGUCAUGGUGUUCAGGUGUGACAUUUCAAUCAUGUCGAAGUAUGUCAUUCAGAAGUCCUGAAGAUAACCCUGCUAAGCAAGUAUUUCAACAUGAGGGCCUGCUCUAUAAAGUACCCCAGGAUGAAGUCAGUAAAAUAUUUCCAGUUGGAUAUUCCAGAAAAUGGUAUACUCUGAGCCAAAUCUUUAGAGAUGCAAACAUUAUGAUCAGAAGACCUGCUUUAGAAGUGAUUGAUUAUUUGAAGAAAAGUAAUUUCAAGCAAUCAGCAGUGCGAUAUGUCUUGUAUGGUAACAGGGGCAGUGGAAAAACACUUUCAUUAAUGCACAUAAUGCAUUAUUGCUAUACUCAAGGAUGGAUGAUUGUGCAUAUUCCAAAUGCCAAUGACUGGAAUGUCAACAACAGGUUUGAUUUUCUUGAUAGUGUAUCCCAUGAAGGCAUGUACGAUCAGCCAGUGUUUUCAGCUGAGUGGCUCAAACAAUUUAAGUCCAGAAAUGAAUUAAGUUUAUCAAGGCUCAAAACACAUGAGAAGUAUACAUGGAGUAAGCGAGAAUGCACCGAUGCAAAUCAACCUCUUAUUAGUGUUAUUGAUCAGGGGCUCAAUAGACCAAAGAAUGCAACGGAUGUUAUCGGAGUAUUGCUAAAAGAGUUAAAAGAACAUAGUUUUUCAGAUUCUUUUAAAAUGCUUUAUGCAGUGAAAGCUGUAAAUGGGCUUUUUGCUGAAAGGACAAACAUCCGCAAACCAGGAGGCUACAUGAUUCCUGUGAGAGAACUGACCAUGUGUAUGCAUUUCAGGAAAUUCCUAAAUGCAAAUUGGAAAAAUGGAGCGAUUGUUACAACGGUUGACCAGCAUAACAGUUACAAGGAGAUGAAAGCCGAUUAUAAACCUCUUUAUUUGUUAAAACAAGAAGGUUUUGAAGUCAUGGAUCCGUUCAUCCCUGUAAAAGUAGACAAUUAUUCUGAAAAAGAAUUUGAAAGUAUGAUGCAAUAUUUAUUGGAUAAAAAAUGGAUUCAGAAUGAAAAAAUUUGUACAGAGAGUGGAAUGCAGGAGUUGAAAUUCUUAUCAUCAUUGAACCCCGGUGCUGUACAACGGAUCUGCUUCUCACUAUAACAUCCGUUUAUUAAAGAUUUCUUGUGGAUCAGUCACUUUAAGUAGCUCACAAAUGUGCUAAAAACAAACAAAUUCAUAUAAUACAGUGACUCCUGGUUUACUUAAACAUUGCUUAUAUUUCAAAAUUAUUUGCAAAUUAGUCAAUUUAAAUGUGCUGAAAAUAAAAAAAUUAAAUAAUAUUGUGACCAAGGGCGGCGCCAGGAUUUGCCCAAUGGGGAACCCAAGGUCCCCGACGGGGGUUCCGAUGUCCCCGACGAUGAUAGCAAAGUUCCUGCGGUCGAGUGUUGCUCAAAAUGUUUCAAAAGUAGUCCAGGAGGCGAAGGCCCCAAAAAAUAUGACAAUUUAUUUCCUGACUCACAGACUCAAUAAUGAGGCCUGGUAUGGACCAUCAGGUUUCCUAAAUGAUACUGUAGCAUUCCACUUGCAAAGCCUCACAUAAAUGACUUGGUUAUAGAUUUUUGAAUUGUACUCCCUAAGCUCCUCAUGAACACCCAAUUUGUAAGAGAGCAUUAUAAAGUUAUGAAAUGUUGAGUUAUGAUUUCCUCAAGCUUUUAUGAAAUGACUUGUUUAUAGAGAACUGGGAAAGGGCAUUAGGCUGUAGGGAGUCUAAACAAUUACUUGAAGUCAAUGUUUCUGAUCAAUUUUUAACAGAGUGACUUUGUAGAUGCUUUGUGCAGUAAUGCUCUUUCUUUCUCUACAUGAAGCUACACAAUUUGUGCUCCUACUUGGGACCCCUUCUACAUUAUAUUCUCAUUUUCUUUUUCCCAUGAAGGUACAGUAUUUUCGUCAUUAUUCUAUGAAUGUAUUCAUGACGUGUGUCCGUGUUUGGGUUUAAAUAGUUAAUGCUUGCCAGUAACAACCUGCUUGUUUUGACCAUUUGUAAUACGCUAAAUGUGCUCUGUGAGUCAAAACUGUAGGACAGAUGGAAUGAACUUUUUUACAUUGACAGUUCUGGUAAAUUCCACCUCUUACAAAUUUCUGUAUAUUGUAUAUUAUUCGUUUUCUUUAAUUUUUUAUGUGGGCAAUGAAUGUCUGAAAUGAAAAUUUGAAUUGAAUUGAAGGAGACCACUAUACUAGCUAUAUACAUACACAAAAUUGUAGCCUCGACUGAACAGGUUUUAAAAUGUAGCCAAAUUAAUUAACAUGAAAUAGUGUUUUAAGGCUGAUAUUUGAAACGCCACUGUCAACUUUUAUGAACUUUAAGUUGAAUUAAAGCCAGAGAAAACUGUUAUUAAUUUAUAUUAUUGCCCAAUAAAUAGGCUUUUCAAUAUUUGUUGCCAUGAUGUUUGGUUUUUCUGCUGUGGUUUUUAAUAUAAUGAAGAUUUGUGCGAGGAUGCAAAUUAUAAACAGAAAUUUGUUGUUACUUUUACUGGCUAAUAUAAACAAAUUAAGCAAUUAUAGUCUGCUGUGACAGUGCAUUAAUAAUGUCAAUUAGAAAUGCUUUAUAAUAUAUCAUUUCAUUGUUAAAUCAUCAUCAUUAUUAUGAUUAUGGUUAUCAUUAGUCCUUAUUGUUGGUGAUCUUCAUAUGUAAAAUACUGCAAAAUCUGAACAAAAUUAAACUGUACUAAUAAGGUGGAUUAUAAA